AUCAAAACCUUAAACUGACAGCCGUAGUAGGUUCGAGAUCCGAUUAUUUCAGUUAACUUAUCUCUUUUCCUUCCUCGAGCAAGCACUUCUUUCAAGCAUACGAGCUCGGCUCUGCGACAAAAAAAAAAAAUCCAGAAAAGAAGGACUAGCGACUAGGCAUUCGUUUUCAGGUCUACAGAGUUUGCUAACUUUUGUGUCUUCACGUUCGAGAAUUUAAGAUCUUGAACCUCUUUUUUUUUCAUAUCUUCCUUGUGAUAAUAUAACGGAAACAUGACGCGUGGUAACCAGCGAGAAAACGACCGCGCGAAAGCGGCUAAGAAAGCUGCGGGCACGAAGAAGAAACUCGAGGGAGAUCCCCGGAAGAGACUUGAGGAGCAGGCUGCUAUCAUGCGCAAGAAGCAGGCUGAAGCGGAGGCUAAAAAAGGAGGGCAAAAAGCCUGAUAUGUAGAUGGUUUCUUCCGGCGGAGAGGUUUCCGUCCUUCGUUUUCGUGGGGUGUCGACUGCUUUAGCAAGGAAGCGAUAGUGUCAAGUAGUAAGAUGAUAAAGUGCGAGCGUCAGAUCAGGUUGAUCUAGUAUGCACACUACUUUCUUUACUGCCCCGUCUUUCCCUUUUCACUCUGGAAUUCGUAUAUCUUCCGCAUUCUGAUAUAAUGGUGUACCUUUGCUGGAUGAAAAGAGAGACGGGCAUGGUGCUCUUUGUUUGCUUUCGGGGUCGAUUGAUCAUCUUGCAAUGUCGAAAUGUAUAUGUGAUUACGUUUUCUUUUUUAUCUUUAGGGAGUAACAGGGGCUUGAGAGCUGAUAAAUAUAAUGAUGUACGACCAAUU